GGUCCCAACAUGGAGGCGCCCAUGAGCGCGCGCUGCAAGGCUCUCGCCGGCUCCGAGCUCCCGGUUCUGCCAGGCGGGGCGGCGCCGUACGGGAAUUUCCCCAACUACUCCUGCUUCCAUCCGCCCGAGGGGCGCGUCUGCCUCCUACCUGCGACUCUUCUGAGCAAGCUGUUCCCAAACCCGCGCGCGGGGCCCCUUUUGGGCCUGGACGUUGGAUGCAAUUCAGGGGAACUCAGUGUCGCCCUCUACAGACACCUCCUUGGCUUUAAGCAGAACCACACCAACCCGGAGCAUUCUGUGGAUGGAAAGGACCUUCGCCUCCUUUGCUGCGACAUUGAUGCGGAGCUGAUUGAGAGAGCCAAACAACACAGCCCUUUUCCUGGUUUCAUUUCCUAUGCCACUCUUGAUAUCAUGGACCCCAGUGCAAGGGAGACCCUGCUGAGCUCCUAUUUGAACAAGUUUGGCUGCUCUUGGUUUGAUAUUUGCUUCUGCAUGUCUGUAACUAUGUGGAUCCAUCUGAAUCAUGGGGACAGUGGUCUGGUGAAAUUCUUAUCUUGCCUUGCCUCUAAAUGUAUGUACUUACUCCUUGAACCCCAGCCGUGGAAAUGCUACCGUGCAGCUGCUCGUCGCCUGCGGAAGUUGGGCCGGAAUGACUUUGACCAUUUCCGUUCUCUCACCAUCAAAGGGAACAUGGCUGAGAGGAUAACUCAGAUCUUGACAAGAGACUGCGCCAUGGAGUUUGUGUGUUGCUUUGGAAGCACUAGCUGGGAUAGGAGCCUCUUGCUGUUUAAAUCGAAAGAGAAAAAGCAUUUGGGAUAAUUUAGGACUCGUACAUUUUUGCAUUUAGUCAAAGAGCAAAUGUCAGGUUAUUGGGAGAACCAACUCUUUUGCUGUGCUGUGAUUGAACUGUAAGAGUAACAUGGGGUCUUGAAAAUCAUACAUUUUUUAUAACAAAUUAUUUUCAAGCUUUAUCAAUACGCCUUAACUCUUGCUGCAAUCUCAACAUUUUUGAGACAGAUGAUAAACAAAGGAUUCCCACUAGAUGGGAGCAAGGUUUAAGAUAAUGUUUUUAUCCUCCAGAAACAGGAAAAUAGAUAUGCCUGGUUUCUGUACUCACAAGUUUUGCAAUUCUUUUCUCAUCACAGAAAGUUGAUUUCCGUUAUUUCAGAAAUAAAGCCUCAUAUCCUUUUUGGCUUUUUCUUUUGGCUCUACACUGGCUGUUUAUUUUAUUUCUUGAUAAAAUUUAUAUUUUGACAAUAUAAACGGCAGUACUUUUUAGGGAGAAUGUUUAAAGCCUGCUCAGGCCCAUCAGAACCAGGAGGGGGGCUGAAUGCUAUUCAACUGUAUUGAUAAAACUUCCCUUCCUCCUUGGGUUCAAAGGCACAUGAUGGAGUGAGCGAGUCUCAGUGUGGCAGACCAGAUUUACAUGACCCUUUGUCUGCAUCCCAGGCUCAGCUUUCAUUUGAUUUCUUUUUUAAAGCAACACAGAAGUGUGGAGUGGAAAGAACCACAGGAAGAAGAGGCUACUUAAUCCCUCAGGAUAAUUUUACAGAGGGAAGUACUCUUGACCAGAAAAAGAGAAGGUUAAGGAUAUCCACGUAUGCCCCCGUUCAGCCUCCCACACAGACAUAUUCCCCCUUUGAUGAUUUUGGAGUAAGCAAAUACAAAGUAUGUGCAAUGAUAGAUUAUGGAUAGCUUGGUAUUCUUGCCAGUGUGAAUUGCUAGGGGAAUAAAAAGAGUGUGAACUGUUGCCACCAGACUCAAUCAAGGGGAAAACCGACAUGGGGAUAGGGUAGUGGCAGAAAGACCAAAAGUAGAAUAAAGGAAGAAAACAGAGGACUAAGAGCUAGAGUGAAAAGGUAGCUGUAAGACAAAAACAGUGCUAGAAGCCAUACAGAUGAAAGAGGGAUUCAUAAAGAAUCUCUUGUGCUCCUUAACUUCGGCAAAAGAGAUCCUUAUACAAAUCAUUGCUGCUUCAGAAUUCAAAGGAGAUGCUUAGGGGUACAUGUAGCCAAACUCUUCUUGAAAAUAUAAAAGUGAUCUUCCUCUACAUGGUUAUAUUGCUACAAUCCUUACUGCUGUGCUUUAUGUAUGUGCAGUCUGGGGGUCCUUCUGG